AAAAUGCACGUUGAGGAGAAGCAGCAAAAGGUAAACAAGGCAAAAAAAGCGGAUAAAAAACAGCGUAGAUGUCUCGCAAUUAUUAAAAGUGACUGCCAUGUGACCCCAAGUAAUGAUCCAACCACAUAUUUGGCGAUUCUCAACGUGGGACUCAGCAAUGGGCUCACGGAGGAGAAUUUGCUACAAGCGGCGGCCAAGUCUGGAGGAAAGGUCACCGAGGUGGUUAUGUUGCCUGGAAAAUCGUAUUGUUUUCUGGUCUGUGCCUCCAUGGAGGACUCCGAGCUCAUAUAUUUGGCCAUGCACAACGUCUCCACCAUUGGACAACUGGGAGCUGUGGCCUACUUGAGUUAUGUAAAGGAGUUGCCGGCUCUCGCCGGCAAAAGUGAAUGGAAUAGACCUCUUCCCAGUGGCCUUCUGGUAAUUUCGGACUUUGUCAGCGGAGAGGAGGAAGCAACGCUGCUGAAAGCCAUAGCUGAGGAUGGAAAAACCUCCGAGGGCACUGGCACGCUAAAGCAUCGACAUGUGAAGCACUUCGGCUAUGAGUUUCUCUAUGGCAGCAAUAAUGUGGAUCCCUCGAAGCCCCUGGAACUGGCAAUACCCUUUGCCUGUGAUAUUCUAUGGCCGCGCCUGGAAAACUCUGCUACCGCCUGGGACUGGAGCACUCCGGACCAGCUGACAGUGAAUGAAUACGAGCCUGGUCAUGGAAUACCUCCUCAUGUAGACACACAUAGUGCAUUUUUGGACCCCAUUCUCUCACUCUCCCUGCAAUCCGAUGUGGUAAUGGAUUUCCGGCGAGGAGAGGAGCAAGUUCAAGUCAGAUUACCGCGACGAUCCUUGCUAAUCAUGUCGGGUGAGGCUCGCUUUGAUUGGACUCACGGUAUCAGGCCAAAGCACAUUGACGUUGUGCCCAGUGCAUCCGGAGGUUUGACCACACAAGCCCGUGGCAAGCGGACGUCCUUGACUUUCCGACGCCUACGGAGAGGACCCUGCGACUGUGCGUACCCCACGCUUUGCGACACUCGACAAACCAAGACACCACAGGAGUUAACCGUCUCCCUGGCUGCUCAGGCGGUUAGCCUAGAGCUUCAGAACGUUCACGAGGUGUACGAUAAGAUUGCGGAUCACUUUAGCGAAACACGACACUCACCCUGGCCACAGGUGGCCGGAUUUUUAGAUUCAUUCGAUCCACAGUCUGUGGUACUGGACGUUGGCUGCGGCAAUGGCAAGUAUCUGGGCUGCAAUCCGCGACUCCUAGCCAUUGGAUGCGAUCGGGCGCAAGGGCUACUUGCUGUGGGUCGCCGGAAGGGACAGAAUGUCUUUCGAUGCGACUGUCUCAGUGUGCCUGUGCGCUCGUCCAGCAUCGAUGGCUGCAUCAGUAUAGCAGUUAUACAUCACCUAGCCACUGGCGAGCGUCGACUGGCCGCUAUUCAGGAGAUGGCACGUGUUUUGCGACCAGGAGGUCGUGCUUUGAUUUAUGUUUGGGCGAAGGAUCAGCGAAAGAAUGAUAAAAAGUCCGCUUAUCUCCGGCAAAAUAAAGCAGUAAACAAGGAACGAACCACCGAGCAGGAGCAACGUCAGAAGCAGCACAAGGAACUUGACGAGCUGCCCAAUAAUACCCCACUUCCCGUGCACACUAAUCGCACAGAGUUCCAGCAGCAAGACGUACUGGUGCCCUGGAAGACCAAGGACGAACAGAGAACCACAUACUUGCGCUACUACCACGUCUUUGAAGAGCAGGAACUUGAGAACCUGGUGGCCCAGCUCCCAGAGGUAAAGCUUGUUAAAAGCUACUAUGACCAGGGCAAUCACUGUGUGAUUUUCGAAAAGAUAUCGAAAAACUGUUCAUGAAAAGUUUACAAUUAUGUAAUUCGUUUAUUUGAUUUCAAAAAUACACAUUCACACAGUUUUA